UGCACAGCGCACGUCAACGCGAUUGGUACUCGAUCAAGCCAAGAGCGGAGUUAGCCAAAAAGAAAAUAAAAUAUACAAAAUAAUACACACGAACUGAAACCAAAUCCAAAAUCCAAAUUAUUCGUUGCCAAGUAGCAAAUGUUAAGACUGAUAAAUAUAUUUAUACAAACCACCAACAGCGAGUGCAAAGAACUAAUUUAAGAACCGGAUUUGCCAAGAUCACCUACCAACAACAACUACCAGAAACAACCAACACGAAGCCAAAAUGGUUUUAAUGCUAUAACCAAAAAUCUGUAUGCACAAUUAUUUAAUCAUACCAAAGAAACAACGCAACAAAUUAAUUCCAAAGACUGCUACUAAAUUUAUAACAUCAAAGUUAAAAGUGCAAUAACGAUAUCGUGUUAUAAGUUGAUCAUACCAAAAAUAUUCAAAAGAAACAAAGAAACCCGUUCGUUCCCACGAGAAAAUCCAACGAAGUGCUAUUGUCUUACCUCCAUGCCAUUCCAUAGUCCUUGAUCUUUUGUGUGAACUCCUGGCUCCUCAUUUUGUGCGGGUGCAUUCGGUCCAGCAGCAGUCCAUCUAUCAAGGAUUACCAAUUUUGACAGGCGUGCCCACAUAAAUUUCCCCAAAACCUCCUUCGCUAAUUAAAUUCGGAGCACGUUUCUAAUUCCGCCAGCCGGGUGAUCCUGUUGUUGUCUUGAGUAUCCUCUCCACUCAUUUGUUCAUGUUAUUAUGAAGUUGGAACAGAAGCGCAAAUUUAUUGAAAUGGACCCUGAACUCGGCUUUGAGCCUCCAUCAGCUAAGCGCCAGCAACGACUGCCCGCUCUCUAUGGCAGCGAGCAGGGCAAUCUGUCAUCGGUGGCCUCCUCGGUCUACACCUCGCCCGUUGUCUCGGUUGAUGGCCAGAGCACCCAGGAGCUGCUCAGCAUACGUAGCUCACCGGCCGAGGAGCUGCCGGAGGCGUCACACAGUCCGCUGCCGGACAGCCCGGACAGUCCGCCGAGUCCGGAUCGUGGUAGCAAGCAGACGCCAGUGGUGGUGCGCUACGCUGCGGAGCAGGUGGUGACCAGUACAGUGGUCACGCAGAAGGUGGAAGACGAUGACCUUUUGGACGACAGCUGCGAGGACUACUCAUACGACGAGGAUGAGGAGGACGAUGUCGAGGAGGAGGACGACGACGUGGAGAUCUACUCCUCCACAAUUUCUCCAGCCUCCUCCGGCUGCAGCCAGCAGCAGGCGGUGAAUGGAGAGCGUACUCCCGGCCUGCCAAAUCACCAGGAGCAGAUCCAUCAUCCGGUCAGUGACUUGAUGAUCAACAUGCGGACGCCCAUGUCGCCGGCAGUGGAGAACGGUCUGCGCCAGUGCCCACUUCCUGCGCUCGCCUGGGCUAACGCCGCCGAUGUUUGGCGCUUGAUGUGUCACCGGGAUGAGCAGGAGUCGCGUCUGCGCAGCAUCUCGAUGCUGGAACAGCAUCCCGGACUGCAACCACGUAUGCGCGCCAUCCUCUUGGACUGGUUGAUCGAGGUCUGCGAAGUUUACAAGCUGCAUCGGGAGACCUUCUACUUGGCCGUCGACUACCUGGAUCGCUAUUUGCAUGUGGCGCACAAGGUGCAGAAGACGCAUCUGCAGUUGAUCGGCAUCACCUGCCUGUUUGUGGCCGCCAAGGUAGAGGAGAUUUAUCCGCCAAAGAUCGGGGAGUUUGCUUAUGUGACGGAUGGUGCCUGCACAGAGCGUGACAUCCUUAACCACGAGAAGAUCCUGCUGCAGGCGCUCGACUGGGACAUCAGCCCCAUCACCAUUACCGGCUGGCUGGGCGUCUAUAUGCAACUGAAUGUGAACAACCGCACUCCGGCCUCGUUCUCCCAGAUUGGCAGGCAAAAGAGUGCGGAGGCAGACGAUGCCUUUAUCUACCCGCAAUUCUCUGGAUUUGAGUUUGUUCAGACCUCACAGCUGCUAGAUCUGUGCACCCUGGACGUGGGCAUGGCCAACUACUCCUACUCGGUGCUGGCAGCGGCCGCCAUUAGUCAUACAUUUAGUCGGGAGGCGGCUUUGCGUUGUUCUGGCCUAGAUUGGCAGGUGAUUCAACCUUGCGCUCGCUGGAUGGAGCCCUUCUUCCGAGUGAUCUCCCAGAAGGCCCCCUACCUGCAGCUGAACGAGCAGAACGAGCAAGUCAGCAACAAAUUCGGCCUGGGACUCAUCUGCCCCAAUAUUGUCACCGACGACUCGCACAUCAUCCAAACGCACACUACUACCAUGGAUAUGUAUGACGAAGUGCUUAUGGCCCAGGAUGCGGCGCAUGCCAUGCGCGCUAGGAUUCAAGCUUCCCCGGCCACCGCGCUGCGCGCUCCCGAAAGUCUUCUGACGCCUCCCGCCUCUAGUCACAAGCCGGACGAGUACCUGGGCGAUGAGGGCGAUGAGACGGCGGCCAGGAGCGGCAUCUCCUCCACAACCACAUGCUGCAACACUGCCAGUAACAAGGGCGGCAAGAGCAGCAGCAACAAUUCGGUGACCAGCUGCAGCAGUAGAAGCAAUCGCUGAGAGAUUCGCCUCACUGCUCGUGGCCAUCAU